AUGAGUCCUCCCUGGAGGAAGGGCCACUUCUUGACAUUGUCCGGAGUAUCGAAAUCCGUGAUAGCCUUGGUGUACAACCACUGCUUAUUCAGACUGAGAAGGCGCGACGGUUUGGGCGUGUGUUGCGAAUGCGUUCAGCCGACAGGAGCAUCGCUGGAGAACGGCUUCCUUCGUCUUUGCGGUGCUUGCCAAGCGAUUCGUCGCCUGCCUGAUACUUUCUUUCCGAAGUUCAUCAACGAAGUGGUCUGCGAUGAAGACAAGGCAUCUCACGGAAAGUGUAAACAAAAGCACAUGAGCUUCACUGUACUCAGGAACAACGGUACUAAGGAAUGCCAGCUCUGGACAAAAUUCAGCAUCAACGUUCGCGUCUCCUGCGAGUGCUUCGUCGACGAGCGUUCCUUUUUCAGCACGUACGUGUGA